CGCUACGAACGGGAUGGUUGUAUUAUCUUUUCGCAUUGUUGAAAAAGGAGGUCUCGUAUUGCAAGCUAAGGCCAGUUGCUUCUGCUUAUCCAUGUCAUACUUCGAAAUAGCAAAACAGUAGAUUCCAUCUUGAGCCAGAAUGCCCCUUCUUUUCUAUUCUUUUUCUGGGUCAUUUAUGCUCGUGGCGAAUAUUCUGAAUUGGCCGCGCCAUCGAUCAAGAAGGCGUCCGCUUCAGUGGUGGAGUUGGCGUCGACAAUUUCGGUAUCUAAAUCAGUUGCCGGUUCUGUGUGUGCUUGUCCAUCAACGGAUGCCAUUUGAGUUUCAUUCGAUGCCAGUGUCCUUUCACAAAAUCUAUUCUCCCAACAACCCGAUUUCCUCUUUGCUCCACCUUUUACUUUUCGCUCUGAGCAUGAAUGACACCGGUAAUUUGGAUCAGUAUCCCAGGGUCUGUUUAGAAACCAGUCAGCGCCCAAUAAAGUUGUAAACUAGUUUCGAACCAGAUUAGGUAUAGCUUACUUUUACCGAG